AUGUUGUCCGCCCGCCAAGCGGCCGUCAGGGCCUCCUCGUCCUUGACCUCCCGUGCAGCAGUCUUCACCCGGGCCACCCUGCUCCAAAAGCACGCCCUCCGACCGCUCUCGACCUCGGUGAGCCGAGACCGUGCUGCCACGAUACCGAACCCAAACCAGACCCUGAGGGAUAUCGUCGUCCAGACCGUCAAGAACAUUGGCUCUCACCGCGAGGGCCAGCAGUACCUCAAGUACUUUACCUCGGUCUCUUCCGAGUCCUUCGCCAUCAUCAAGGCCGGUGGUGCUAUUCUCACCGAACACCUCGACGAUUUUUGCCAGUCCCUCCUGGUAUUGCACCAGCUCGGUCUCUACCCCGUCGUCGUCCACGGAGCCGGCCCUCAGCUCAACAAGCUCCUCGAGGAUGCCGGCGUCGAGCCCCAGUUCGAGGAGGGCAUCCGCGUCACCGACAAGAAGACCCUCUCCGUAUGGCGUGUCCAACAUGCCCAUCACCUACUCCUCACCGCCGACUACCUUGACCGCGACCGCUGGGGUUACGUCGGCGACGUCACCGGCGUCAACCUCAACCCCAUUGAGAAGGCCAUCAAGGCUGGCUACAUCCCCAUUGUUCCCUCCCUCGCCUUGACCAAGGAGGGCCAGGUCCUCAAUGUCAACGCCGACGUUACCGCCGCCAGCUUGGCUCAAGCCAUGAAGCCCCUCAAGAUCAUCUACCUGUCCGAGAAGGGUGGCCUCUUCCGUGGCGACAGCGGGGAGCUCAUCAGCGAGAUCUUCCUCGACCAGGAGUACGACGAGCUCAUGGCCCAGCCCUGGUGCCAGAGGGGCACCCGCCUAAAGAUCAAGGAGGGCAAGAAGCUCCUCGAUACCCUCCCCAGGACUUCCAGCAUCGCCAUCAUCCACCCCGACGACCUCCAGACCGAACUCUUCACCAUUUCCGGUGCCGGUACCCUCAUCCGCCGUGGUGAAAAGGUCGAAGUUGCUUCUUCCCUCAGCGAGAUCUCUGAUCUCCAAAAGUUCAAGGAUGCCCUUGCCCGUGGCCAGACCUCCGAUACCGAGGCUGUCCGCAACGUGGAAGAGUACCUCGAGAUGCUCAAGGACCGCCCCUUCAAGGCCUACUUUGACGAUGCCAUGAGCUGCCUUGCCAUUGUCCUCCAGCCCACCGAGAGCCGCCCCUUCUCCUCCUGGGUUACCCUUUCCAUCACCAAGCCCGGCUGGUUGACCAACACCGCCGAGAACGUUUUCCAGGCCAUCGAGAAGGAGAACUCGGACCUCGUAUGGGCCGUCAGCAAGGAUGACGAGAAUCUCUCCUGGUUCUUUGAGCGAUCCGACGGCAGCUUCUGCGUCGACGGCGCCGUUCUUUUCUGGCGCGGCUUCAGGCUCGAGAAGUACUCGGAGCUCGGCCCCAUCCUGGACGAGGUCAAGGCCUCUGGCUUCAUCAGCCUCGGCGAGCCUAGCUCCGGCGAGCCCGUUGCUCCCUCCACAACCGCCUCCUCCCGCAAGCCCUCGUCCCGCCCCCAGCAGGCCCGUGCCUUCUCCACCUCUGCUCGCCCGAGUGUCCGCACUUCUCAGCAGCGCGCCGCCCCUGCCCAGGCCCGAACCUUCGUCACCGAGACCAACCCCAACCCCCUCGGCAAGAAGAAUGCCUCCGCCGAUAGGCCCGCCCGCGUCGCCCUCAUCGGUGCCCGUGGCUACACCGGCCAGGCGCUCAUCGACCUCAUCAACUCCCAUCCUUACCUCGACCUCACCCACGUCUCCUCCCGUGAGCUCGCCGGACAAACGCUCAAGGGCUACGAGAAGCGCGAGGUCGUCUACGAGAACCUGAGCCCCGAAGACGUCCGAGAUCUCGAGAAGAGCGGUGAGGUGGAUUGCUGGGUCAUGGCCCUGCCCAACGGCGUAUGCCAGCCCUUCGUCGAGGCCAUCUACGACGCCCGCAAGGCCUCCAACCACAAGAGCGUCAUUGUCGAUCUUUCCGCCGACUACCGCUUCGACAAGUCGUGGACUUAUGGCCUCCCCGAGCUCACCCGGCGCGUCGACAUCCAGCACUCGCAUCAGCAUCUCGGCGGACAGCCCACCGUCUUUGGUAUUUCCGGCUACUCGGGCGCUGGCACCAAGCCCUCGCCCAAGAACGACGUCGAGCUCCUCGCCGAUAACGUCAUGCCCUACAGCUUGACUGACCACAUCCACGAGCGCGAGAUUGGUAACCACCUUGGCGCCCCCGUUGCCUUCAUGCCCCACGUCGCCUCUUGGUUCCGCGGCAUCCAAACCACCAUCAACAUCCCCCUCAACAAGACCAUGACUUCUCGAGACAUCCGCCAGAUCUACCAGGAUCGUUAUGCCGGCGAGAAGCUUGUCAAGAUUGGCGGUUUCGCCGUCCACAGCAGCGGAAAGAGGGUUGUUGUCUGCUCGACCAUUGACAACUUGCUGAAGGGUGCCGCCACUCAAUGCUUGCAAAACAUGAACCUCGCUCUCGGUUUCGCAGAGUACGAGGGUAUUCCCGUCAUGUAA